AUGGAGACGUCAUUGCCUGACACCCUGCGGAGGCCGGCUGCGACGGUACGGCGCUGGAGGAGAAUGUUUGGAGGAAACCCCAAGGCCGAGUCCGAGUCCAGCGAGGAGAACACUUAUCGUGCCAAGUCGACCCUUGGAAUUCUCAGUGACAAACUGACGGAUGAAGUACCGGGAACGGUCCUGCUUCUGUCAGCGAAUCGCAAUGAACCGUUGGGCAUGAGACAUCAACCCGCGCGGACGUCCGCCUCCUCUAUUCCAUCACUCAAUCCGCCUUCCCGCGGUUCUUCCCGCGGCCCCCAACAACCGCAGAAAAGAACGCCUAAUGGAGAGAUUAUCCUUGAUCCCCAGCCGGAUGACUCGGUGAACGACCCGUUGAACUGGCCCAUGUGGCGUCGAGACGCUGCACUGCUCUCCCUGGGCUUCUAUUGUCUUCUGGGAGGAGGCAUGACCCCCGUGCUGGCGGCUGGGUUCAACGAAGUUGCAGCGGCGUACAAUGUGAGCACUCAAAAGGUGGCAUUCACCACGGGUCUUUACAUGUUGGGGUUGGGUCUCGGCUCAGUGAUCAUGUCUCCCACUGCCAUUCUCUUCGGAAAGCGGCCCAUCUAUCUCCUGGGAGCGACGCUCUUUAUCAUCUCGGCCCUCUGGUGCGCCGCAUCCCCCAACUACCCCAGUUUGGUGAUUGCACGCAUCUUCCAGGGAAUUGCUGUCAGCCCCAUCGAGUGUCUUCCUUCGGCCACCAUCGCCGAGAUCUACUUUUUGCAUGAACGGGCGUAUCGAGUUGGUAUAUACACGCUUUUGCUGCUGGGCGGCAAGAAUCUCAUCCCGUUGGUCAGUGCCGCCAUUAUCGAGAGCCUCGGGUGGCGCUGGGUGUUCUGGAUUGUAGCCAUUGUGGUUGGGGGAUGUUUGGUCUUGCUGUUUUUCUUCGUCCCGGAGACCUUCUGGGACCGCACGCCUCGGCCACGGCGUCCUCACAAACGCCCGCACCCGCUCCGCAGGGUGUCCGACAUUAUGUCUCAUGGACUCUAUCGCGGGCGUAGUCCCCGUGCACAGAUUCCCGAUCAAACCGACAAGCCUGAGGAGGAUUCGGCCGCCAUUACAUCCCCAAAGAAGUCCAAGCAUGCUCAUUUUGGCAUCCCCGAUGAGCGCGAAGGUGAGAGACAAGGCGUUGAGAAUGAGAAAGACAAUGGUGUUCCCGGAGGUGAAACCAGUGAUCAGAUUAUCACCCAGCCCACCACUCCAGCUAUGAGCCCAGUCAUGACCCCAGCUAUGACCCCAUCUGUCAUGACCCCGGCUACAGAGAAGCCGGAUACUUUUCUACAAGCCCCUUCCCCAACUGCUGCACCCUCAGCGCAUCCGGGCGACUUGGAAGCUUUCCGUCGUACCGCAGUUUCACCUGCGCGCAGCGACUCGAUGGAGCCUGGAAUUCCGAUGACUCCCAGUCUACAGUACACAAACCGGCUGCGCGAACGUGCCAAGAUACCUUACACCCAGACAUUGAAGGUGUGGAAUGGGAGAAUCGCGCGCGACAAGUGGCUCAAAGUCGCCGGGCGGCCGUUUGUAUUGUUCGCCUACCCAGCGGUCCUAUGGUCGGCCGUGGUGUACGCGCUGUCCGUCGGCUGGUUGAUCGUUAUCUCGGAAUCCAUCGCGACGAUCUUUGAGUCUGAGAGCACCUACAACUUCACCCCUCUCCAGACGGGUCUGAUCUACAUCUCUCCCUUUGUGGGCGGUCUCCUCGGCACCGCGGUCGCGGGCAAGGUUUCGGAUAUUGUGGUACGAUACAUGACCAAGCGCAAUGGCGGCAUCUACGAGCCCGAGUUCCGUCUCGUGAUGGCGCUGCCCAUCGGCCUGUCGACCACCAUCGGCCUGAUGGCUUUUGGGUGGAGUUCCCAAGUUCACGACGCGUGGAUCGUGCCCACGAUCUUCUUCGGGCUGAUUUCGUUCGGCUGCUGUCUCGGUAGCACGACCGCCAUCACCUUUUGCGUUGAUAGCUACCGCCAGUAUGCCGGCGAGGCCCUGGUGACACUGAAUUUCAGCAAGAACGUGCUCCACGGCCUGGUCUUUUCUCUCUUUAUUGUAGACUGGUUGGACGCGGAUGGCUCGCGCACCGUCUUUUUGGCCAUCGGGGGCAUCCAGCUGUUCUGCCUGCUCAUGUCGAUCCCCAUGUAUAUCUAUGGCAAGCGGGCUCGCAUGUGGACUGUCCGGAAGCGGCUGAUGGAGCGGCUUUAA